GCUGGCAGUGGAAAAAGCUGAAUUAUUAAUCUGAACUAGUACACUUUUUGCAGACUACCUGUGCUGUUCUCCCAGCUCUGCGUUUCCUGCCAUAAAUGCUAAGACGCGUUCUGGGCUAUGGCGCCCUGGGCACCGGCCUUAUCAGUACCGGACUGAGUCUGCACACGAAUGAUUAUGAGCUGAACUCGCUGGGCAUUGUGCGAUUGUCGCGGUCGGCUUGUGCCGUCGUUGAUGUGGCGCUGACCUACAAGCGGGAGUUGUACUACAAGGAGUGGGACAAGACGACGCCCGAAUACAAGGCGGAGAAGAGUCGCGUGCACAAGAUUGCCGCUGAGAAGCUGCUCAAGCUGAUUUGCACGAAUAAGGGCGUGUAUAUCAAGGUGGGUCAGCAUAUUGGUGCCUUGGAAUAUCUGCUGCCCAAGGAGUUUGUGCAGACAAUGAAGGUGCUGCAUUCGGAUGCGCCACAGAAUCCCAUUGAGGAUCUGUACAAGGUGAUCAGGCAGGACUUGAAACGCAAUCCCGACGAUAUAUUCGAUAGUUUCGAACGCGAACCCCUUGGCACUGCCUCAUUGGCCCAGGUGCACAGGGCACGCCUGAAGACGGGCGAAAUUGUUGCCGUCAAAGUGCAGCAUCCAUAUGUGAAGGGUAACUCUCGAGUGGACAUGAAGACCAUGGAAUUGGGCGUUAAGAUGCUGGCACGCAUAUUUCCCGAUUUUAAGAUCCAGUGGCUGGUCGAGGAAUCCAAGAAGAAUUUGCCCAUUGAACUGGACUUUCUCAACGAGGGCAAAAACGCAGAAAAGGUUGCUGAACACUUUAAGAAAUACAGCUGGCUGCGUGUACCAAAAAUCUAUUGGGAGCUGAGCACAUCUCGUGUGCUAGUCAUGGAAUAUUUGGAGGGUGGUCAUGUCACUGAUUUGGACUAUAUAAAACGGCACAAAAUUGAUACCUUUGCGGUGGCCAAUAAGAUUGGUAAACUCUACUCAGAGAUGAUCUUUUCCACGGGCUUCGUGCACAGCGAUCCACAUCCCGGCAAUAUACUCGUCCGUCAAACGCCCAAAAACACUUUGGAAAUUGUCCUGCUGGACCAUGGCCUCUAUGCCAAUCUGAGCGAUAAGUUUCGCUAUGAGUACUCAAAACUCUGGCUGAGCAUACUGAAUGUCGAUCGGAAAGCGAUGCGUCAGCACAGCGAACAGCUGGGCAUCAAGGGUGAUCUAUAUGGUCUGUUCGUGUGCAUGGUGACAGGUCGGCCCUGGGAAACGCUCUUGCAGGGUAUUAACAAAGUUAAAUAUUCCAAAGAAGAGAAGAAUACGCUUCAAAGUAAUACAUCGUUGGUGCUGCCGCACAUUUCGGACGUGCUGGAGCAGGUGGAUCGCCAAAUGCUGCUCAUAUUGAAGACGAAUGAUCUGAUCCGGGGCAUUGAGUCAACGCUGCGCACACAGAAUCGCAUGACCGCCUUCUGGGCCAUGUCCAAGUGCUGUGUGCAAUCGUCAUAUGCGGAGCAACUGUCACAACAGUCAUCUGCAUCGAUACGUUGGCGUUUGCGGCUGUACGAGCGCUGGGAGCUGUUCAAGCUGAAUAUCUACUACCUCUACUUGGGUCUGAUUAACUUUGGAUUUCUGACCGCGCUCAAGCAGGUGUUGUAGCUCUACUGGCCUUAACCUUUGACUCGAUUAAAGUACAAAUUUUGUUGGCGAAAAAAAA